AUGAAGUUGACCAUCUUUCUUCCCCUUUUGGCAUUGGCGUCUUCUGCCGCCAUCAGCACUUCCAACAUUAUCCAGUUAGAGGAGUGCUUUAAUUCAGUUCUCAACGUCAACGUCACAGCUGUUACACCAGGAGUGGAAGAUGAAAACAUACAUAUCGAUCUUCAUGAAGACGCACCCGAGAUAGCUCAAGAUCACAUAGAAGAUCUUAAAAAAUGUCUUAGGCAGUUUGCUGGAAAUCGGUCUGUUUCGUUCAGCUCAUGGACUAAUGAGAACGAUGAUCACAUAUUCAAUGUCAUGUUCUACAACGAGCCACCAGGAACUACCUUUAAGCAAGUCAUAGCAAGGUACGUGGAGGAUAGCAAAAAACAAGAAAGCAGGAAUUUUGAAUACGGGAGUAUGUUGGUGUUAUAUUAUGCUUCGACGUCCCGUCUUUUCCAGUCGUCUAGGUCUAGACACCAUGCUUUCUUGAAGGCGGGAGGAAGUCUCUUUUUGUAUUGA